GUGGAGGAUCGGGUAGUUUACCUUUACGUUGCCAGCCAUGUCCUCUGCUGCACUUCGCUCUACGACUCGUUUUCCCACCGCACUGCGCAGAUUUGCGUCCUCUCAAGCCUCAGCUUCGUCCAAUGCCGCUGCAUCAUCAUCAAAAUCGUCGCUUCCUCCACACAAACUACGCGCCCUCAUCUCACUCUACCACAAGAGCGACAAGUUCAUAACACCAGACACCCUUGACGAAGCGAUAGACCGCGCAUUCAGCGAAACUGGCGUCGUUAGCUCCAUGAGUGCUGCUGAGUCGGAUUACGCCGUGCUUGUGAACGAAUUGAACGCGAGGCGAAAGGAUCCCAAAAUUGGCAACACUGGGGUAUCUGCCUAUGCUACCAAUACUGAGUUUGUGGAUAGGUGGAGCGACACAAAGUCCGUGAGGGAGCACCGGGUUCAGAAUGCGCUAUUUGGCACUGAGGGUUACGGGAGAGCGGGAUUGGAGGUAUUGGAAGAGGAACGGGAGAGGAUAUCAAAACAUCUGCAGAGCGACCGGAAGUCAUAGACUUUUGGUCAUACAUUCGACGUUCAUAUAUCAUCAUUUAUCUCAAUGUCGAACAGUUGGACAGCAGAACCUGCAUGUUACUGAGUUUACCUCUGACAGACGACUCACUGAGGCCAUUCGUGAUUGGAAAACUCUUCAUAUCACUAGAAACAUACCUUAUACUGAGACGCCUCGGGUCUGUAGUCUGCUCGGGAAUCUCAAGGUUUCCUCCAACACGUUAAUUCUGGAAUUCUCGCAGCCAUGGCUAAUUUGUCCUGGUACUCCCGUCCUGUUCAAUUUCACUCUUUGUGAUUUUGGAUUAGCUUAGACAGAAGAGUUGAGAAGAUGAGUUUG